AUGAGAUCCUCAUUAUCCAAUACCACAAUUUUCAGUCAACCUCUCUUUCUGCAUGUGAUGUUGAUCUUUAUAACUACUUCUUUCCAUCAUGUUCUUGCUAAGACAUAUCUAAAUGCUUCUGAAAGACAUCCAAUUAAUUCAAGUUCAUUUGAAGCAUUUUCUCUCUUAAAAUGGAAAGCCAGUCUUGAAAAUGCAAGCCAAACACUCCUUUCCUCUUGGUUGGUUACUAGCAAUGCUAGUCCUUGCCAAUGGGAUGGCAUUUCUUGUGAUAAUUUUGGAAGAGUUAAUCAAAUGGAUCUUGCAAAUUAUGGGAUUAGAGGUAAUCUUCACCAUCUAAAUUUCUCUUCCUUUCCUCAUCUCCAAUUAAUUAAUUUAUCCAAUAACUCACUCAAUGGUACAGUUCCAAGAAACAUAUGCAAUCUUUCAAGAUUGAGUUUCCUCUAUUUGAGUUCCAAUCAUUUUUCUGGAGUGAUUCCACCUGAAAUAGGGUUAUUGAAGAAUCUCAAGCAUUUACGCUUGUCGAAAAAUCAUUUUAUUGGCUUUAUCCCUUCAUCUAUUGGUAACUUGAUCAAACUUGAGCUGUUAUAUCUAUCUAUAAAUGAACUCUAUGGCCCUGUCCCUCCAAGUUUUGGUAACUUAAAAUCCCUUCUGCAUUUGUGUUUGCUCAAUAAUACACUUAAUGGAUCACUUCCAAUAGAGCUUGAAAAUCUUACAAAUUUGCAAACUUUUCAAGUAGCAGAGAACAAUCUUUCUGGUCACUUGCCACAAAAUGUAUGCCUUGGUGGAUCACUUGCUAAAUUCACAGCAUAUGAUAAUAAAUUUAUUGGUAGUGUCCCUAGAACCUUGAAAAAUUGCUCUACACUAUCCAGACUUAGGCUUGAUGGUAACCAACUAUCUGGCAACAUAUCAGAAGCUUUUGGUGUCUAUCCAAGUCUAGUUUACAUGGAUUUGAGUCACAAUAAACUAUAUGGCGAGUUAUCGUCACAAUGGAGCCUUUCUCAUAAUCUAACAAGUUUGAAGAUCUCUUUGAACAACUUGUCUGGAUCCAUACCUAUUGAGAUAGGAAAGUUGACCAAACUAGAAAUGCUUGAUCUCUCUUCAAAUCACUUGACCGGCAAAAUUCCUAAAAGUUUGGAGAGCCUAACUCUCUUGCUGGAACUUGAUUUGCAUGGAAAUGAAAUCUCAGGAGAAAUACCUAUAGAAGUGGGAAAGUUGUCCAAACUUACAAGACUUGACUUGGCUGCAAAUAAUAUAAGUGGCAAGAUUCCAGGAGACAUAGGAGAUUUGGUGAGAUUCCAUGGAAAAUAG